AUGCUGCACUCGCUGUACAUCAUCAACAAGGCUGGGGGGCUCAUCUACCAGCAAGACUUGAGCCCCGCGGCACCGAAGCUCAGCUCGAAUGACCACCUCCGUCUGGGCUCCACCUUCCACAGCAUGCAUGCUAUUGCAGCCCUGGCAGCGCCCACUAACUCGGGCGGCAUCGACAGUCUCGAGACGGGCACCUUCCGUCUGCAGUGUCUACAGACGCCCACGGGCACGAAAUUCUUCCUCACCGCAGCACUAGGGACGCCCAGUGUCGACGUGACGCUUCAGACUGUCUACGAGUUAUACGUCGAUUACGUGCUCAAGAACCCGUUCUACGAGCUGGAGAUGCCAAUUCGCUGCAGCCUCUUCAAUACUCGACUCAAGAGCUUUGUCGAUAAGUUUAAUCUGGAGAGUGUUCGUCGUCGCCCACUCGCUAGCAGCAGCGGCCCCGAUGCCUACUAUUCGUAG